AUGGCGGCGGCCGGGGCCGAGACGCGAGGAGCUUGGUGUGUGCCUUGCCUAGUUUCACUUGAUACUCUUCAGGAAUUAUGUAGAAAAGAAAAGCUCACAUGUAAAUCGAUUGGAAUCACCAAAAGGAAUCUAAACAAUUAUGAGGUGGAAUACUUGUGUGACUACAAGGUAGUAAAGGAUAUGGAAUAUUAUCUUGUAAAAUGGAAAGGAUGGCCAGAUUCUACAAAUACUUGGGAACCUUUACAAAAUCUCAAGUGCCCAUUACUGCUUCAGCAAUUCUCUAAUGACAAGCAUAAUUAUUUAUCUCAGGUAAAGCAAGGCAAAGCAGUAACUCCAAAAAACAGUAACAAAACUCUGAAACCUGCGGUUGCUGAGUACAUUGUGAAGAAGGCUAAACAAAGGAUAGCUCUGCAGCGAUGGCAGGAUGAACUCAACAGAAGAAAGAAUCAUAAAGGAAUGAUAUUUGUUGAAAAUACUGUUGACUUAGAGGGCCCACCUUCAGACUUCUACUACAUUAAUGAAUAUAAACCAGCUCCUGGAAUCAGCUUAGUUAACGAAGCUACAUGUGGUUGUUCAUGCACGGAUUGCUUCUUUGACAAAUGUUGUCCUGCUGAAGCUGGAGUUCUUUUGGCUUAUAACAAAAACCAACAAAUUAAAAUCCCGCCCGGUACCCCCAUCUAUGAAUGCAACUCAAGGUGUCAAUGUGGACCUGAUUGUCCCAAUAGGAUUGUACAAAAAGGCACACAAUAUUCACUUUGCAUCUUUCGAACUAGCAAUGGCCGUGGCUGGGGUGUAAAAACCCUUGUGAAGAUUAAAAGAAUGAGUUUUGUCAUGGAAUACGUUGGAGAGGUAAUCACAAGUGAAGAAGCCGAAAGACGGGGACAGUUAUAUGACAACAAGGGAAUCACAUAUCUCUUUGAUCUGGACUAUGAAUCUGACGAAUUCACAGUGGAUGCAGCUCGAUAUGGAAAUGUGUCUCAUUUUGUGAAUCACAGUUGUGACCCAAAUCUUCAGGUGUUCAAUGUUUUCAUUGAUAACCUCGAUACUCGUCUUCCCCGAAUAGCAUUGUUUUCCACGAGAACCAUAAAUGCUGGAGAAGAGCUGACUUUUGAUUAUCAAAUGAAAGGUUCUGGAGAUAUAUCUUCAGAUUCUAUUGACCACAGCCCAGCCAAAAAGAGGGUCAGAACUGUAUGUAAAUGUGGAGCUGUGACUUGCAGAGGUUACCUCAACUGAAUUUUCAGGAAAUAGAGCUGAUGAGAAUUGUAGUUUUUCUGAUGUUAACAUUUUUAAAAAAUGAAUAUUUGGGACUCUUUUUUUCAUAUCAGCAAGAUUAUACCUUUGUUAAUUUAUAAUUCAUAUUUCAACACAUUUGCCAAAUGUAUUACUGAUGCUUCUAAAGAGAGUGCCACUGGGCCACAUAGACUGACUUGAAGUCUGUGUAUGUAGUGCUUAGAGACCAAACAUGGAAGGCAAACUAUUUACGGGUCAGCAUAUGCAUACGUAAGAAGUCCAUGUGAAUAGAAAAAUGCCUUCUUCGGUAUUUGAAAAGUGUUAAACUGAUAAUGUAACCGUUGCUGAGAUCAGAAAUUCGACUUGCCAUACAUACACCCCAAAUUCGGAGAAAUAGAGUUAAUUCAGUUUGGGCAAACGUGCAAGUUCUGUUUUUGUUAUUACAUUGUCAUUCCUGUUUAAUACUCACUGUGCUUGUAUUUGAGACAAAUAGGUGAUACUGAAUUUUAUACUCUGUUUUCUACUUUUUCAUUAAAACAUGGGCAUCUUAAUGAUACAGAAAUUUAAGGUUUAAAAUUCAAUGUAAAAA